AUGCGAAUAACUGCAAUUGUUCACCUAUCUUAUUAUUCAGCCUCUAUGGGGAAAAAGAAGCAAAACACGGAAGAAGCGGAUCUCACAAUGUUGCCAAAAGGGAAAACCAAGUUUACUCGCUCGCUACGAGAAGAGAACAGAGAACGAAGACAGAGGCAACAGAACGAUAGUAACGAGAACAACGACAACGAGGUACCCGUCGCUCCCACUGUACCCACUGCGUCAGCUGCACCGGCGAUACCAGCCACAUCUGAUGCGGAUCCUGAUACAAGGGAAGACAGUAUGAUGGUUGAUGAUGAGGCGGAUGAGGCAGUAGAAGAUGGCGUACAGAAGCCGCACCGCGAACCUGUUCCUGAAGAUGAAGAAGAGCUGCUUAACUACUUGACUGAACUAGAUGACGAAGUAGCUGGACCGGCGACUGCGAGUGAUCCUCCGCCUCCCCCUCCUGUGGGUAAUGCAGCUGCGCCGGUGAUCGCACCUGUCCCAGCCCCUGCUCUGACGGACGCUCAACGAGUAAGACAAGAGACGAAUGCCAUGGCUAGGAAUUGGGGUCCAAAGUUCCGUACCCUGAGGGGCUGCAUACCGGCAAAUACUUGGCUCAAAGGUCGAACGAAGGACUUGACUGAACACACAUGUGAACCAGACACCCUUAAACAACUGCGGAAGCUAUCCGACGCAACUCCUAAUCUCGGCAAAGAAGUCAGAAAGAAAAUUGAGUCGCGCUGGAACACGAGAAAGUCAAAGACUGGCGAUAUAGGUAGUACGCCGGCUGAGAAACAGAAGAGCCUGCGCGAUGAUUUGGAGAGGAUACUAAAGGAGUACGAGAAGCAGGCCGAAGCUCAGGGCAAAGGCAAGAAGAGAUCUGCAGGAGAUGACGGUAAAGAGAUGUCUGAGCGCAGGAAGACCUUGAGGCAUAGCGCAAAGCCGAACUACAACGACCUAGAUCCUCACCACCUACACCAAGACGAAGAAGAUGACUCUAGCUCAGGUUCCAGUAUCAUACUCCACGACGGACCAGCCCCGAAGAAUGCAGACGGUGGCGGAAAGGCAGCGGCAAGCGCAAAGCAGAACGGCAAAGCGCUGGCGGCUGGAACAGCGAGCAACGCUGGGCGACCCACAGUACUCACAGAAGCGGGCAGGCGCCAGGCACUCAGUGACAUCUAUAUCAACUGGAGCCUCUACCAGUUGCAUCUCCAAUUCCCCCGAGGCCUCUUUCCAACCAACAUAACGAGCGAUACGGACAUCGACCUCAGACUCCUCGCACGAUUGCUUGACCUGUCCAACCUUUACAACAGUCCUCGGCAGGCCUUUGCUCUCAUGGACCGGAUAAUGGCUCAAUUGAUGCAGAGUUUUAUCAUGGCGAGGAGUACGGAUGAAGCCCUUGCUUUCCUUGCGCCGUUUGAUCGGCCGACGCACGCCGCAGUACCGACACCAGGAGGACCAACGACCAGGGUAACUACAGCAAACCUAAGGGGAGGGUCAUCGAUGGGAGAACUAGAGCGAGGUGCUCCCCUCCCAACACCAGGUACCACUAGACUUAGCGCCGCUGAAAUGCUAGCAAGGCAAUCGAGGAGUGACGAUGAUCCGCCUGGAGAGCCGAUGGUACUUACCGAAGAAGAAAGAGAGCGCAGGCGUCGAAACCGCGAACGUUAUCCGACAACAGCACCCCCCUUGACAAACCAUGAAUUCCGAACUUCGCAAGCUGCGACACAGCCAGGACUGUCGCGGUUCGAAAAUGGUGUACUGACUAUAGGGACGAACUGGACGCUACGCCGUGCUCUCAACGAUAGUAGACAAGCUGAUCAACGCAUUGAGAUAGCCCGCCGUGAAUACGAGAAUGCCGUUCUCAAUGGACAGUCUGUUCAAGAUCAAGCCGCUCUGCUGUUGGGGAUAGAAGAAGCUCGAGGAGUGAGUGACGCAGCGUAUGCGAGGACGGAUGAGUUACAGCAACGCUGGGCAGGAGCACGGUCGAGAUUGAGUACGAUGGGUGAUGGUCUUGGGGGCUUUACCGGUGACGUUGGAUUGGAACGCCCGCGGAAUGAGGGUGUGGAGGAAGGUGAGAAUGGAGGACGAGAGCAGGGGGAGAACGGUGGAGGAAACGGUGAAGGGAGGAGUGGAGGGAAUGAUGGAGAAGGUAGAGUGAAACGCAAGAGUAAGAGGAACCAGAAGGAGAAGGAGAAGGAGAAGGAGAAGGAGAAGGAGAAGGAGAAGGAGAAGGAGAAGGAGAAGGAGAAGGAGAAGGAGAAGGAGUAG